UUACCAUCGCGGAGGGCGCUGUGAAGAAAACAAUUCCAAUUAUCCUUAUUUAUCUAUCAAGGAAGUGAAGAAAUGGCGUCGAAAAGGUCCUAAUUUUGUUGGAUGUUUUUCCUUACCAAAGCUGAAGCAGUACAAUGGAUCUGAGUCUGGCAAAAGGGAAGAAAAUAAUGAAAGACGAACCCCAGGAUGAACUUAAAAAGGAGGGUCUGACCCUGAAUGAUGGCGCCAAAUCCAAACCACUCAAAACCAAAUGUGCUAAAGCAGAAAAGAUGGAGGAAAGCAGAGUGUCAAAGGGUAACAAGCAUCUUUCCUCAUUCAACUACCUCAUUAAAAACUCUGAUCAGUACUUUACCUCAAGGCGGGUCAUCAUGGUGCCCUUUGUCUGUGAAGAGUGCGGUGAAGCCUUUGAGAGCAUCUCGGAGCUUGUGCUCCACUUCCGGAGCCAUUUCAACGGCAGUCUUCACGAGUGCUCGGUGUGCCUGACUCCGUUCAGCAGCAAGCAUGCUCUUAAGAAGCACAUGGUGGCACAUAGCGCAGGUGACACCAAAGCUAGCAGACACUCGGGGAGUAAGGAUAAGGGGAACAAUCUGCAGGAGAAUGGGGGAGAUGGUGAAGAAGAGGGUGUAGGGUUGUUCAGGUGUGUCCACUGCAGGAAGGUCUUUGAGAGCGAGACGCACCUUGAGGAUCAUGCCGUCGAACAUCAGAUCCAGGAGCUGCACACGUGCGAAGAGUGCGGCAGGUGCUACCAACAGAAGCACCUCCUGGACAACCACAUCAAGAUGCACCACGUUGAGCUGUGGACGUGUGAGGAAUGCGGAAAGAGCUUUGAGAACAAGAAGCGACUGAUGGUCCAUUACGAGAUGCACAGCGGCAUCCAGGCCGAGAAGCGGCACAAGUGCGACGAGUGCGGGAAGGCCUUCGUUGCAAAGUCAAAGCUUCUGCGGCACAUGCGUGUUCACACGGGCGAGCGCCCUUUCCGUUGCGACGUCUGCGGCAGGGGAUUCAACGACAGGUCCAAUCUUUUCAUUCACGCUCGCGUCCACACGGGCGAGAAACCCUACACCUGCACGCUCUGCGGGAAGUCUUUCACGGGGAAGAACGACUUGAACAGGCACGAGAUGAUCCACACGGGAACCAGACCGCACACAUGCAAACAGUGUGGGAAAGGAUUCCGCGAGAGUUCAAAACUGAAGCGCCACAUCAAGACUCACAUUUUACAUGACUCAAUGCACAAACCCAACAUGUGUCCUACGUGUGGAAAGGGAUUCCGUGAGAAGUCAAAACUUAAGAGGCAUGUUAAGAUACACGAAAGAGCUAUUAAAAGCUGAGUAUGUUUAAACAUGUUACGACAGUGCUUCUAUUCAUUCCAAUCUGGUGUAUUACGUCACUGCAACAUUCAGAUAAACAUUUUUUUGUAAUGUCAGAAAGCCAUGUUCGUUGAAUUCCAUGCAUUUCAUGCUAUUUACAAUAUGUAAACAGCAAAAUUAUUUUUUUGUUAACCAGACUGGUAAGGCUUCAAUAGUGCCUUUAGUUUCAUUUGGCAUCUUAGUGAAAUGUGCUAUAUGUCUUUCUUGCAACUUCUUAACACUCACAGUGCCAUCUUUUUUGCAAAAGUAUGUCAUAAUGAGAGACGCGUUUCUACAGGAUUGAAGAAAAAAAAAUGAUUUUCAUACUUUUCUGGACUCCUCCAGGAAUGCUCUUCUGUAGAAAGUCAAUGUAAUCAGAUUAAAUCUGACUCUUAAUCAUGGAAUAGCGUACUGGAAACCAGAAGUGAUUCUUUCUCUGCAUGCACACCUUCCCAUUUCUCUAGAAAUGUUUGCGCACUCUAGCGUUAUCAUAUCUAGGUCAUGGGACAAAGUGCACUCUUUUGAGACAUGCAGUAUACAAGCUAAAGUCUAUUAACCUAUUGUCUGCCGGAACUGGGCAGUCCCUGUGUUAAGUCUAUGGGGAUGAGACAAUUUGGUAGUCAACAGGUUAAAUACACUCCUGUAGAAACAACCUGGUAACAACAUCUAGGAUAACUAGUGACAAUGUGACAGGGCUUUAUCAUGGUUUGUUUUGCAAAAUUUCUUCUGGAUAAAACAAGAGUUCCACAAAAUUGAACUUAAAAUAUAAACCUAAUUUCAAAGUCAUUCAGAAACACAUCAAUCUCAAUCUUUGUCCAGAAGCACUAGAUUCAAAUUGUAGUGGUUAGAAGUAAGUGUGAAUUUUCACUACAAAAUUAAAUGAUUGCUUUUCUGCUGACAAAGUGUCAGAAAGAAUGUUUCUAUUUUGUAACCUUAAUUGAAAAGAAAAUGUUCUGUUUACUGUCUAUUCAUGUUCCAUGCAAAGCAUUCCAUACAUUUUGAGUUGGAACUUGGAACUCUCACUAAAAACAUGACGGACAAAGAAAGAGGACAAAAUAUACAGUUCCUCAUUCUACCCUCAACAGUUGCUGUGGUAGACAAAGGAACAUCCCUUCACUGCUAUUAUGUAAAAAUGUGUAGAACAUGAUGUCUGGUCGGUGUGUUUCAAACCAUCAGAUCAUCUUAUUCAUGUGACAGUUUGCUAGUAAAUGUAAAGAAGAAGAAGUGGAUGGAGAGAGUGUCAUCAUGGCACCAAAGUCAGUAAAUCCAUUGUAAGAGGGGAAAUACUGACUUGAAUAAAUGAUGAUGAUGAUGAUG